CUCUAUGGCUUCAUGAAUGAAGUGUCCCUGAUGUCACUUUGUUUACCUCUGCGUCGGAGUGACACGCCUUCCAUUCCAGGCAUAUAAACCUCAGGAAUUCAGAGACACUCCAGCAGACUUCGAAAUUGAUCCAAUAGUACUUUUCAGAAUGACAGUGAUUAUUCUACUCCUGCUGGUACUUGCGUUUACUUUUUCUGAAGCGGAGGACAAUGAGCUGUUCUCCGUGAUCAGCACCCCCCCUGAGAAGGGCCAGAGUGUUUUACCUGGCCAGAACCAUAGCACAAGGCUAGGGGCCAAAGACCCCUCUCUCCCUAUCAACGAGCUCCUGGAAAAGGGCAGCAAAGCUGGGGACUCCAAGUACGCCCUCCACCCCCUUCCCUCUGGGGUCUGGCCCAAGCACAGUGACCCUCGCCCCAGCCUCCACAACAAGAGCAAGAAGGGCCCUAAAAAUGACCGCCUGAUCGAGCACAACAGCGAGAAGAACCGCGGCGAGGCGAGUCUAGUGCUUCCCAAAACGCCACUGACCGCUGCCACCAACCGCACACAGAAAGUCAACGUGGACCCUCACCGGGACCCCCACACCAACUUCAACAAUCCCCCACAGAGUGACCCGGACAGUUACCCCAACUCUAGACCCAGGGGCCACCCUCACUCGGCCCCCUCCCCUCGCAGGGACCCCUCAACCAGAAAGCUGGACCCGGAGGAGAACCGCCCUGGGGGGAAGUCCAGUCUGUACCAGUCCGGCGGCGCCAACCGGAAUAACAGCCGCUCAUCUGUGCUCAUCAACCGUCGCUCCUCCAGCCUGCUCUACCACUUCGACAUUCUGAAACGAGAGUCUGACUUCACUCACGAGGCCGUCUGCAUGAGUGAGUGCAGGAAGGAGAAGGAGGAGAGGGAGCACUACUGCUACAGUGAAUUUGCCGUCAAUGGGGUCGUUCACGACAUAGACAUGGUGCGUAAGGGGAUUAGACUCAUCACACUGAUGGUGAGCAGCGACGGCUUCUACAAGAUGAGCCGUCUCUACGUCACUCCUGACAGCUUCUUUCUCAAAGUGCGUCUCCUUGUCCUGGACACCUACAAAUGUAGCAAGCCUUGUCCUGACAUCAAACUAGGUAGCCGGUACAUUGUAAUGGGUCAGAUCUACCACCGGAGGCGCCACCUCCCCAACGACCUCCUGGCCCUGCUGGGGGGGAAACUGAAGCCAGGGGACGGCCUCCUGCGUAGCAACAACUACGUCAAGCGCUUCAACAAGAGGAGACACCAGAAAGCCCUGGAGGCCACCCGGUCCAAGUGUAGGUAAAACCAAAACAGACUAUCGCCCCCUGCAGUGGCGGAAAAGACAUUGCAGUCGUCAACAUGAAGUGACUGAGACCUAUAACCCCUCUACAGCAUUUCAGCAGAGACGUAGAUGGAUGAGGCCAAUAUGUUGUUUUUUCCGGCAUGGACCUCCUGCACUUGUUUGUAUCAUAAUCCAGGUUGAGUGGUAAUGUUUUUGCUUGUCUGUCUGUACAGUCUUUAGCUUGUAGCUUUGCGUCCUCUUUGAUAGAAGACACAAGUGGACUCUAUUUCAAAGGUUCUCGUCUUUCAACCUCUGCUUGAAGUAUUGCCCCAUCAGAUUUCCUAAAUGUAUUUUUUUUUAAAACCUUUAUUUAACUAGGCAAGUCAGUUAGAACAAAUUAUUAUUUACAAUGACGGCCUACCCGGGCCAAACACGGACAACGCUUAUUAUUGUAAAUGAGCAUAGAGUUGGAUAGAGGGCACACUUAACAAAGAUAAAAGCUGAGCUCUCUAGUAUUGUCUCUACUCUAGUCAUUUAUUAAGAUGUCAUAGUACUUAAAAGGAUAAUUUAUUCAUGUCUGGUACAUGAAUCAGUCAGAUCAGUGCCUCUCUCAAAUUGGUUUAAUUUACGAUUGAAAAAUUCUGCCAGUGAACCCAGAGUUCUGGUUCAAUGGGAUAAUUCAGGUUGAGGACAUUUUCAUUGGCUAAUCCGAUGUAACACAACUUUUCAUCAGAAUGUUUUGGUUGUCCCGCGUCAACGCUUGAAGAUGGUGUCUGAGCAUGUGAAUGAAGCCCAAAUUUACCCUGAGGGAGGAAGACUGCCAACUCCAGCCCCACUAUUCACACGAACACACCCGCACAUCUCCAAUUGGCUUGUCCCAAGUUAUCCCAAUCAUCCAUGGGAAAGACUAUCUGUUCAGAUCUAGUUGCACACUUGUGCUUCUCCAAUGGCAAGAGUCCAAUCACAUUUCCCCUUUAGAACUUGGUAGGAAACUUUAAAGGACUUCCUAUUGACUGAUAUACAAUAUCAGCAAACUCCUAUUUAUGCCUGUAAGAAAAGCUGUCACAUUUUCAUACUGUUGUUUUGUGCCUGUCAUUUGAUUGCAGGAAAUGCACUUUUACUGUAUGUGAAAAAGAAGAGGGGGGGUAGGAUGAAAGACUGGAAAAGCAUCAACAACAAACCCCAGAGGAGGGAAAAGUUGAGAAGACAGAAAAGAGACUAAAAUAAACCUAUUUUUCUAAUGUUAAA